UCUUGUAGGAGGCGGUCACCGGAGGUGGGAGCGCAACUAAACCUUCGGUGGUCCUCAAGGAUUAUUAGAAGCUGGCUCAACAACGAAAGUCACAGAACGAGCAGAAUAUAAGGGAAAGAAAUAAACCCUUGCAGUUAACUUGAAAGUCAACAUUACUAUCAGAAAAACCGGCACAUCUCAUUUGAAUUUAUCAGCACAAUAUAUGGAAAACUAUUCAAAAUCCUCUCUCAGCUGAUGGUAACUCGAAUGACUGACUGACUAGGAGAAGUUAACGGGACUGGAGGCUGCAACUUUGCCACGCUUUCUUUAAUUUGGAAAACCAUUCAAGGGGCCUAUAAAUGCAACGCUGUUUAAUUUAUGAGAAGACAAUGGCACCAGAGACAAGGAAUGGAGGAAGCUCUUCCCGGAAUAACAACAACUGCAAAGACAACAGCAGGAGAAAGUUGCUGGUCGGUAUGGAUCUCGUCUGCUUGUUUUUAGCCGGCCUGCCUUUCCUGAUCAUAGAGACUAGUGCUGUACAGCCCUACCACCGAGGCUUUUACUGCAACGAUGAGUCCAUCAAGUACGCGGCCAAACAUGGAGACACCAUAAGCGACGCUGUGCUUUCUGCUGCUGGCAUUCUUAUCACCAUCCUUUCUAUUGUCAUUGGGGAGAGCUAUAGGAUUCACUACCUGAACGAGGGCUCCAAGUCCUUCGUAGGAAACCCCUACAUCUCCGCCCUCUACAAGCAGGUGGGCGUGUUCAUCUUUGGCUGCGCAGUCAGCCAAUCGUUCACGGACAUCGCCAAGGUAUCGGUGGGCCGCAUGCGACCCCACUUCCUGGAUGUGUGCAAGCCCGAUUGGUCCACCAUUAACUGUUCCCUGGGCUACAUCACAGACUACCAGUGUCAUGGGCCCGAGAGCAAAGUCCAGGAGGCCAGGAAGUCGUUCUUCUCUGGCCAUGCAUCCUUUUCCAUGUACACCAUGCUGUAUCUGGUGUUCUACCUGCAGUCCAGGUUCACCUGGCGUGGAGCCCGUCUCCUGCGCCCCCUGACCCAGUUCACACUCAUCAUGAUGUCUUUCUACACCGGCCUGUCCCGUGUCUCCGACCACAAGCACCACCCCACAGAUGUCCUGGCUGGCUUCGCACAGGGAGCCUUGGUGUCCUACUGCAUAGUGUUUUUCGUAUCUGACCUGUUCAAGCCCAGAGGCAGGAGUUCAGCUCUACCAGUGACGCCAGUAAAGAACCCCACCAACCCAAUGACAGACAUCAGAGAGAGGAGCAACCACAUCACCAUGGCAUAGUACAGACCACUAGAGUACAGCUACCUACCGCUGUAGGUUUUAAAGAUCACUUACAUCAUCUACUGGUCUGUACUGGAUACAUUCAACCACCAGCCAAAGCAACAAGACUGAAAACUGACACGUCUGUAAGGCACAGAGAAAUAAUAAACUGGAAAACAUUUGAAAACAGAAGACAGUUGUACACACACACACACACACACACACACACACACACACACACACACACACACACACGUUGUGCCUUCUGAACAGCCAGCAACGCCGAUGUUGCUCACCAUCUCAUCUGACAUGUGAAUGUGGAAGAACGUGGGGAGGACGGCUCUCAAUUCUUAUCCGGAGAACUCUGUUUCUCAUUCGUGCUUUCAUUAGUGAAGGUCUCCAUGGAACCUGCUGCUCUACAGAUUGACUUGGUCUGGUAACUUCAGGCAACAUGGAUUCAGGCUCAUAAUUCUGCCUAUGACAGAAACACAUGAACAGAAACAAAUUCCUUGAUUACAGGAAGGAUGUUUAUUUUAUGAAUAAUCUUUGUUAUAUAGUCGAGCUAUAGCACUAUAUCCAAACUCGAUAUUUGAUUUGAUUGUCACCACUUGAAUGAACUGAAGUGAAGCUUUUUUGUAAAGCUUUGUAUUAAAAUCAGCUUUUAGGUCUCCUGAAAUGUAGUUUGUAUAGAAGUGUAGUUAUAGGUGAUGGAGGUGUAGUGGUGUAUACAGUAGAUAGAAAGGUGGGUUUCUUUCUGCUGGUUGGGACGAGCCUCCACUGAGCCCUGUAAUGAAAUAACUGUGUGUGUGCCAGAUGGCUACUCACAAGUGUUAGGACAGAGUGACUGUGAGUGUGUGUGCGUGUGCACUGCCAUGAGUGUGUGUGUAUGUGCGUGUCUGUCAUGUGCCAGUAUCUGAAUGUCAUGUCUAUAUUUGAGUGAGUUGGUGUGUCUUGUCAUACAUGCUUCAGGUUGAAGAUCGGGAGCAUGAGGCUGCUUCAACAGACGUUUAUAUUAAAAACAGGAAAACUGUGGAAUUAUACUUUCUUAUAGCUUUGUGAUACAUUUUGUAAUGACUCACAUAUACUGUGCCAACUGCACCAACAACAAAAAGAAGCCCAUCUCUGUGACAACGUAGUAUAUCCUGUCCUUUCAUGUCAUUUCAACCACACAGCAAUAUCAGUUUUAUUUUUUUAGAUAAUUUAUGUAUCAGAGAAUUAUGUACAAUAUCAUUUAUCUACCUUUUCAUAAAAUAUCCACUAUGAAUUUUGACGUGGCGAUGCCUGUGUAAUUGUGCUGUAUUAACAAGCAAUGAUUGCCAGAAGUAACUUUGUGAAAUUACAACUUUUGUGAGUAUUCAAACUUUGUAAAAUAGCUUUUUUUAAAGAAAGCUUCAAUACAUUUAUAUUAAAAUAACCUUUUAAUAUUUUUGUAUUGUCCUUUUUGUAUUUUCUUCAAUAAAAAUACAAGCCAAAUGUGUGUAUCAAAUAUGUGCAGUGUAAUAAAAAAAACAUUAUGUUAAGA